CAAUAAUUAUAGCAUCCAAUUUCCUUCACCUCUGCCUUUGGCUUCCUCCCUCCAUCCAUCCAUCCCUCGUGUUUUCCUCCGACACCAAAGAUCUCAGAUCUCAAAGCUCAAUGUUUGCCCGCCGGUAGAGCUGGAAUCGAGGGAUCAAAGCAUAGUGCGCGUCAGAAACCCAAUGCCGGAUCGUCAGAGGCUCGCAAGAUCCGAUUUUGUAGCUGAUGGUAGCGCGAUCUCCGCUCCUGAAUCCCUCGGUGAUGCAUUGGAUUGCUGCUCCGGCGUCUUGGUAGCAUGUUCUCUCGCGUAGGGCCGUUGGCGGGUCAGGAUCUCGUGGUGCCGGCGCCGCCACGGCGACGGCGGCAACGGUGAGGGUCGGCGGCGGGCAGCACCGGGCGCCGGCACGGCCGCGGCGUCGGAUACGACGACGAUGCAGAUUAGGUUCUCGCCUGGCAUGAGAAGCAUCACGAUAUCGAGCACCAAUGGAUUCCUCGACUUGAUGAAGUUGAAGGACGCCGCCCGCCACAUCUCCUACCGGACCCUCUUCCACACUGUCCUCGCCCUAGCCUUCCUCUUGCCCUUCGUUUUCAUCCUCACCGCCGUCGUCACCCUCGAGAGCGUCAACAAGUGCUCCUCCUUCGAUUGUCUUGGGAGGCGGCUAGGACCAGGGUUUCUUGGAAGGGGUGGUGAUGAUUCCAUGAAGCUUGUUAAAGACUUAUACAAGAUACUUGAUCAAGUAAACUCUGAGGAAAUUCCAGUCGGCCUGAAGUUGCCAGAAUCUUUCAGUGAGUUUCUUUCAGACAUGAAGAACAAUCAGUAUGAUGCGGACACUUUUGCUGUAAGAUUGAAGGCAAUGAUGGAACAUAUGGAUAGGGAGGUGAAAAGAUCAAGGCUAGCAGAACAACUGCACAAACAUUUUGCAGCAACUGCUGUUCCUAAAGGCAUACAUUGUCUCUCAUUGCGCUUGACUGAUGAAUAUUCAUCCAAUGCACAAGCUCGUAAACAGUUGCCACCACCAGAGUUGCUACCUUUACUCUCUGAUAACUCUUAUCACCAUUUUGUUGUUGCCACUGAUAACAUUCUUGCAGCCUCUGUUGUGGUCACCUCAGUUGUACGAUCUUCGUUACAGCCUGAGAGGGUUGUCUUCCAUGUCAUAACUGAUAAAAAGACUUAUCCGGGUAUGCAUUCAUGGUUUGCCUUAAAUUCUCUUUCCCCUGCUGUGAUUGAGGUGAAAGGUGUUCACCAAUUUGACUGGUUAACAAGAGAAAAUGUGCCUGUUCUCGAAGCUAUUGAAAGUCACCAUGGUGUUAGAAAUCACUAUCAUGGAGAUUAUAUCUUGGGCACCAAUGUUGGUGACAAUCCAAGGGCUUUCGCUUCUAAACUGCAAGCAAGGAGUCCAAAAUACAUUUCUCUGCUCAACCAUCUGCGCAUAUACCUGCCCGAGCUCUUUCCAAGCCUCAACAAGGUUCUAUUUCUCGAUGAUGAUGUUGUUGUUCAACGUGACUUGUCACUGUUGUGGGAGAUUGAUUUUUCUGGAAAAGUAAACGGCGCUGUAGAAACAUGCAAAGGUGAAGAUACCUGGGUGAUGGCUAAGCGCUUCAGGACAUAUUUUAAUUUCUCACAUCCCCUCAUAGCCAAUAAAUUGGACCCUGACGAGUGUGCAUGGGCAUUUGGGAUGAAUAUGUUUGACUUAAAUGCCUGGAGGAAGACAAACAUUAGGGAAACAUAUCACUACUGGGUGAAGGAGAAUUUGAAGUCAAACCUGAAGCUGUGGAAGCUUGGAACGUUGCCACCAGCCCUCAUAGCAUUCAGAGGUUAUGUGUAUCCUAUAGACCCAUCAUGGCACAUGCUAGGUUUGGGCUAUCAGGAAUUGACGGACCUUGACACUGUUAGGAAGGCUGCUGUUAUCCACUACAACGGCCAAUGCAAACCAUGGCUGGAGAUUGGAUAUAAGCACCUCCAGCCAUUUUGGACAAAGCAUGUAAACUAUUCCAACAACUUCGUAAGCAAUUGUCAUAUCUUGGAGCCACAAUGAUCACCAGAAAACUGGACAGCGUAAACAUUUAGCAGGAAAGUAGUAUUAUAGAUACAGUGAUGGCUCAGUUUUCACUCAAGAUACGAGUGAAGUUACCGAGUACAUUAAGAAUUCAGUUAUUAUAGCCGAGCAGCUAAAUGGUUGGCCUCCUCGUAGACCUAGCCAGUUAGAUGGCUGCACUUCUGGUGCCAUGCAUGAUUCUAUUCAUUUUGUUAGAUAGCAAUCAGCAUUUGCCUAUUAAAGGUUGUUCUUCCAAGUGUUCUGGAGGGUUUAUUACCCUGUUCUGGAACAAAUGAUGUUCUUCAUAUUGCUGCUAAUGGAGCAUCAGAUCACACUGACCGGUCCAUACUGAAGCCAGGAUUGGAUUGUCUCGAGAGGCAUGCCGAUUAUCUUUUCUUCUUUUACUUUUGAGUUUAUUGAUUAAUUUCACUUUUAACAUUUUUCUGUUCUUUAUUCGUCCUCUAAAUUCGGAGGUCAUGGAUAUUAACCGUAACUGAAGCCCCUUUUGAAUAUUGGGGAACUCUAGGAUAUUUGUCUUGAUUCAUAAGAUAUUGAAAUGUGCAGUUAAUUCUUUGCUUACA